ACGGGGCACCUCAAAGUAAUCAACCAGCCAUUAGCCUCUGCUGCAAAAACAUUCAUUGAAGAAGCAGAAGUGAAAAGUUGUGACAUGAAGGAAAACAAAAUUUCCUCUCUUCUUUUUAUUUUUGUACUUUGGCUCAUAAUUUUCGCUGCAUUUUCCGUCGAGGCGAAGAAAAACCAUAAGAAUAAGAGCAAAAUGCACAAGCAUAAUAAAAAAAGGCAUGGUAAUUAUUUUGCAAACUUUCCUUCUCCUUCUCCUUCUCCUUCUCCUUCUCCUUCUUCUUCUCCUGCACCGUCUGGCGUGUAUCCAACGCAGUCGGCCACUUUCAAUAUCUUGUCAUUUAGAGCUAAGGGUAAUGGAGUUUCUGAUGAUUCCAAGGCACUUUUAGCAGCCUGGAAAAGUGCUUGCAAAGUGACUGGAGCUGUCAUAGAGAUUCCUUCAGAAUUUAAGUUUCUCAUCAAACCCAUAACACUUCGAGGCCCCUGCAUGACACACCUAGUUUUUCAGAUUGAUGGGACUAUUAUGGCCCCUCCGAAUGUAGGUUCAUGGUCAAAAUCCAGUUUGUAUCAGUGGAUAAACUUCAAAUGGCUACAUAAUUUUACCAUCCAAGGUACAGGUAUAGUUGAUGGGCAAGGUUCUAACUGGUGGAGUUCUUCACAGAUAAAUCCCUUGAAGAAGAAGAGAUCCAAGAUUAUUCCGGACAUGAAACCAACUGCUUUAAGAUUCUAUGCUAGCUACAAUAUCACUGUUCGCGAUGUUAGAAUAGUAAACAGUCCUCUUUGUCACUUAAAAUUCGACAACUCUGAAGGAGUGAAGAUCAAUAAUAUUACAAUUUCUGCGCCUGAAACUAGCCCAAACACUGAUGGGAUUCACCUGCAGAACACCAAAGAUGUAGAAAUCCAGCAUUCCAACAUUGCAUGUGGAGAUGAUUGUGUAUCAAUACAAACUGGCUGCUCCAAUGUUCACGUCCAUCAUAUUAGCUGUGGCCCUGGACAUGGAAUAAGUUUAGGAGGACUAGGGAAAGACAGGAGUGUUGCAUGUGUCUCAAAUAUCAAAGUUGAAAACAUUUUCAUGGCGAACACUCUUUAUGGUGCAAGGAUCAAGACAUGGCAGGGUGGUCUUGGAUCAGUAAAAAACGUGACAUUUUCCAACAUUCAACUCUCAGAAGUUAAGGUCCCAAUAAUGAUUGAUCAAUACUACUGUGACAAGAACAUAUGCAAGAAUCAAACAGGAGCAGUGGCAGUUUCAGGAGUCAAAUUCGAUCAAAUAAUUGGAACUUAUUCUGCGCAACCAAUUCAUUUAGCCUGCAGUAAUUCUGUUCCAUGCGUUGACGUUGAUCUAAUUGAUAUCCAAUUAAAACCCUCUCCAGGAAGUGCAGGAAUCCAGCAGGCAUUGUGCUGGAACUCUUAUGGAAAAUCACGGGCACCCCUUGUUCCAUCAAGCAUGGAUUAUUGUGUGAGAAGCGGAAAUGACUUGGUAAAAAGAAUAUCAAGAUCAUAUGAAGAUAGAUGUUGAUAAAUAGUGAUAUGAUCUCUCUCUCUCAGAUAAUUUGCUUCCCUUUUGCAAUAGUUUUACUGCAAGGAGGAGAUGGUGUGGAUUUGCUUGCCGGGAUAAUAUGUACAAUUCCUGUUUCUAUGAAUGAAAUAAAUUGUGUUUUAACAUGUCAAAACCAAUUUUGGAAAUCAAGCUUUUUAGAAAUUCUUGAA